AUGAACAAGUUGAAGAGAACGGCAGUAAGAAAUGAAAGCCACCCUGAAGAGUUUAUUCUACUAGGCUUUGCUAACCAACCUUGGCUAGAGCUCCCUCUAUUCAUUAUUCUUCUGAUCACAUACCCCAUGGCCAUGAUGGGAAACAUCACUAUCAUUUUGGUGUCCAAGUUAGACCCCCGUCUCCACAGCCCCAUGUAUUUCUUCCUCACCAACCUCUCCUUUUUGGACAUGUGUUACACCACAAGCAUUGUCCCUCAGAUGCUGUUUAACCUGGGAAGCUCUAAGAAAACCAUCAGUUACAUGGGGUGUGCACUUCAGCUUUAUUUAUUUAGCACAAUGGGAGCCACAGAAUGUCUGCUCUUGGCUGUUAUGUCUUUUGACCGUUACGUGGCCAUCUGCAGACCUCUGCAAUACACUAUGAUUAUGAAUCGACUUAUCUGCAUCCUAUUAGCAACUUUUGUGUGGCUGGGUGGAAUAUCCUAUGCGAUUUUUGAGGUCACCCUCACAUUACAGUUGCCAAUGUGUGGCGUCAAUAAACUGGAUCACUUGUUGUGUGAGAUUCCAGUUCUGAUAAAGACGGCCUGCGGUGAAAAAAAGACUAACGAGUUGGCACUCUCUGUGAUAUGCAUAUUUUUAAUAGCUGUUCCUUUCUGCUUAAUUCUUGCUUCCUAUGCAAGUAUUGGACAUGCUAUACUGAAGAUCAAAUCUUCCAAAGGAAGGAGAAAAGCCUUUGGGACAUGUUCCUCUCAUCUCAUUGUUGUUCUUUUAUUUUAUGGCCCAGCUAUUAGCAUGUACCUUCAGUCUCCCUCCUCCAUCUCUAGGGACCAGCCCAAGUUCAUGGCUCUCUUCUAUGGAGUGGUGACUCCUAUACUCAACCCCUUCAUCUACACCCUGAGGAAUAAGGAUAUAAAGGCAGCGUUAGGCAAACUGGUGAGAGUUAUGUUCAGACCCAAGCCAUAG